CGGGGACAUGGACACUAUCCACGACACCUGCGAUGGUGAAUUGGUGCGAACCGCACGGAAAGUCGAGCGCGAAGUGCACCAGGAGGACGUGUUGUCGAGAAUACUUUGCGAGGGGGUUCAUGACAUCAGGGUAUCAUGGCGCGCCAAGCAUUUCAGUGGACAUGCAGAGAGGAGCAGAGAUGGAGCCGCACACACGAGUGUUCCCCACCAGUCUGUGAGGAUGAAGAUACUGACAGACAUCUUAUAAUUUGGAGGACUUGUUGAGGACAAUGUUGAGAUUCAUCGUCCAUGUGUGGAUGUUAUGGAUGCUUUAUGCAGGUGCUUUCUCCGCUGAAGACGUCGAUGCAUGUGAACGGCAGCCAUGCCAAAAUGGCGGCUUAUGCGAGAGCCACAAUGGAGGGUUCAGAUGCCUUUGCUCCCAGAAGAGCCAAAAUGGGCGCCUGUAUGGGGGAGAGACCUGCACAACUGCACUUUCAGGCUGUGACGGGAACCAGUGCGAGAAUGGAGGAAUAUGCUCUCCCUUACUUAUCAACGAUCAGCACACUUAUAAAUGCAUCUGCCUUGCUGGCUUCAUAGGCCCUACAUGCCACACUCCCACUGUCUUCUCAUUUGAGUCCCCGGGCUACAUGUACAUAGAGACUCAGCUUCUUGAACCAGAGGCUGCUCUUAAUGUUACCCUCAGCUUCAGAUCGGCACGACCCGUCGGCACCCUCUUGCAGCGCAGAGUGGACGACCUGCUCCUCAGCAUUGAGCUGAUGGAUGGGCAUCUCUGCCUCCGCAGCCUGAGAGGUCAGGGCUCCAGCACGCUGGUUCAGGAGCUGCCAGAGUACUUGUCCGACAACCAGUGGCACACGGUGGAAGUGUCGCUGGGCGGUGUGGUCAGCCUCAUCAGGCUGCUUUGCACCGAAGGAAGCUGCAUCAGAGACUCCAGCGAUGAAGUCCAGCUGCUCGAGCGAGCCUCUGCUCUCCCCAAGCCGGGAACAGUGCGUCAAAGCCUCUUCAUAGGGGCCUUGGAAGGGGGCGACGGGGACCGCCCUCGUGCUUUUUUGGGCUGCUUCAGAGAUGUGUUUGUGGACUCACAUCUGGUGCUGCCUGUUGUAGAAGAGUCAGACGCCCAGGCGAACAUCACUGCAGGGUGCAGCGACAAGGACAUGUGCGAUGACAGUCCGUGUCAGAACCGAGGGCGCUGCGUGAGCCAGGGCUGGAGGAGCUACAUGUGUGAGUGCCACAGGCCUCAUGAGGGAAGCAACUGUGAAGAGGAGUAUAUCACUGCGAGAUUUGGGAGCAAAGACUCUGAGAGUUUUGCUGUCUUCUCAUUGGAUGAUGAGCCAGGUGACACAGCGACUAUAUCCAUGUUCAUUCGCACCAGACAGUCCAGCGGGCUGCUCCUCAUCAUGGCCAACAGCACCAGCCAGUAUCUGCGCCUGUUGCUGGAAGAGGGCAGGGUCAAAGUUCAGGUCAACAACUUUGAGACCCUCCUCGGCCGGGCUGUGCUCAAUGACGGCCAUUUCCAUCUGGUGACUGUGAAGCUGGAUGCAACGGAAGCCGUCUUGUUCCAGUCGGCUCAGAACCAGGGCUCCAUGCACAUCAGGCCCGUCCAGGCCCACCCCGGGGAUCUGGUUUACGUUGGGGGGCUGCCAGACUCGAGGGCCUCUGCCUCGUUUGGCGGCUACUUCAAGGGAUGUGUCCAGGAUCUGAGGAUUAACAGCAAGCGGCUGCAGUUCUACCCCAUCGCAACUCCAGUGGAAUCACACCGCCUGGAGCAACUCGUCAACAUUGCAGAGGGAUGCAGCAGUGACAACGUCUGUGCUGUCAACCCCUGUCUCAACGGUGGAGUGUGUUACUCCAUGUGGGAUGAUUUCAUCUGCAACUGCCCCCCCAACACGGCAGGGAGGCGCUGUGAGGAGGUGAAAUGGUGCGAGCUGUCUCCCUGCCCCGCCACUGCUGUUUGUCAACCCCGCCCACAGGGCUUUGAGUGUUUGUCAAACGUCACGUUUCGGGUUGAGAGUGGCGUUCUGCUCUACCGCAGCAAUGGGAAGAUUAAACGCCGUCUCAGCAGUGUCUCCUUCAGCUUCCGCUCGAGACAGGCGGCCGCCACCUUACUUCAUGCACAAAAGGACUCAGACCACCUCACUGUCUCCCUCAUGGACUCUCAUUUGGUCAUUGAGCUCCAGGCUGGGGCUAGCAAGGAUUCCCACCAGAUGACACUUGAGAGCAAGGGUCCAGUCAGUGAUGGAGAGUGGCAUACUGUGGAGCUCAGCAUGGAGAACCAGACACUCCCCACCUCCAGGUGGAUCAUGGCUGUGGAUGGGGGCACUGAGGAGCUGAGCACGUCCAAAACUGCUGCGGGAGACCUGGAAUUUCUCAGGGAGGGAGCAGACAUCUCCCUUGGGGGGCUGAGCCUGGACGCUGGAGGGAAGCUGUCUGGCUGUUUGGGGCCGGUGGAGAUCGGAGGCCUCCCUCUUCCUUUCCAUCGCGACACGGAGUUAAACCUCCCCCGACCUCAGGAGGAGCAGUUUGUGAGGACAGACAACGAAGCCAGCCCACAAUACGGCUGCUACGGAGCCAGCGUGUGCGCGCCCGACCCCUGUCAGAACGAGGGUGUGUGUGAGGACCUGUUCGACCUGCACCACUGCACUUGUCCCCCCGAGUGGACUGGGCCACUUUGUCAAGAGCCAACAAACGCCUGCAUCUCCAGCCCCUGCAUCUACGGAAUCUGCGUCAACCUGCCGGAGGGUUUCAGAUGUGCGUGUGAGCUGGGUUACAGUGGUGAACACUGUGAGGUGGAAGCUGACAUGUGUGAAAACAGCAACUGCAGCAACGGCGCCACGUGCCUCAAAGGUUUCAAGAGCUACGGGUGCCUCUGCCCCCAGAACCUGACAGGCCCAUACUGCGAUGAGAGAAUUCCUGAAAUCCCAUGGUACAUUGAGAUCAACCCGCUUCCUCAGUUGCCUGUAUCUACAUGCAUGGGUACAAGAUGGAACUACAGCUGCUUUAAUGGAGGGAACUGCUCCGAAGCAAACAACACCUGUUUCUGUCUGCCAGGCUUCACAGGACAGUGGUGUGAGAAGGAUGUGGAUGAAUGUGCCUCGGACCCGUGUAUGAACGGAGGCUUCUGUGUCAACUACGUGAACAGUUUUGAGUGUGUGUGUGAUAUGAAUUACUCGGGGAUACACUGCCAAAUGGACGUCAGCGACUUCUACCUGUACCUCUUCUUGGGCGUGUGGCAGAACCUCUUCCAGCUGGUGUCCUACCUCGUGAUACGCUUCGACGAUGAGCCAGAAAUCGAGUGGGGAUUCCACGUCAACGAUUAGGUCUCUCCUCGUCUGUUAUGGUCCCUUGAUUUAAAUUGCUCAAGGUGGAGGGUCACAUCGGAUCUCAUAUGAAUUCAUCUAGCAAAUUUAGUGCUCAGGUCUGAUGUAAUAUUUAAUCAUUAAAGGUGCAAUAUGUUGCAACAUUCUAAAAUUGACUAAGAUUUUUGGAAGAACGGUAAAGAAAUAAUCUUUUUUAAAUUAUGUCAGACAUCUGUUACGUUGCAGAUACAUCUGUUGAAGUUAACAUGCUAUCCAGCCAGCCCUUAUCAACUUUGUAGGGUGACAGACUGAUACAAACACAAACACUCAGGCAGAGUCUGCUAAUACCACCACUGGCUCAAUGUCUGACUGAACUAACUAGCUGAGGGCAGCUAGUUAGCAGCGGUUUGUGGUGAUAUGUUGCCCCUUUUGUUUAGAGUAUGAGUUUGACAGGUGGCAAUUCUUGCAUAAUGCACCUUUAA